GACCUGUGACCCGUGAUAAAUUACCCGACCUGCCACAGGGCGGGUCUGGGUACCAAGAAACCCACCUCGAAACUGCCCAUUGCCAUUCCUAGCUACGACCAAAGGAAUUGCAACCCCACAAUUUUGAUUAAUUAUAGACCCCAAAAAAACUACGUAGAGAGUUCCUUAAUUAAUUCUAUUGAAAGGGAUGUAUUCCAAUGAAUGAUUGUAACCAUCGCAUUUACGCCAUUCUACAUUCUUCUAAACACAACCUAUGUUUCGUAAUAUAUAUGGAGAGACAAAGUGUGGAUACUAGCUAUGGUUAUGUAUAGGGAAAGUUACAUGGCAUGUACAAACUUCCAUUGGUUCUUCACUUUAGGAAAAUAUUGAAAGAAGAAAAGGUUCAUCGAUCUCUUCUUAUUUUCAACAUGUGGGGUAUAUCAAUGGAUGGACCAACUCUCGCCACACUCUAUGUGCAUAUCAAAAUUCUCAAUGCGAACAUGGGUUGCUACGAUGAUAUAGGACUCAACGUGUUUAGCUAAAUAUCAAUACAACAAGUAAUUGUUAAUUUUAUAUUUUUCUCUCGUGUCCGUACGCAUAAGUUCUUGUAAAAAUACACCAGCCCCCCAUAAAAUUACAUUCAAAUUGCUAUAUUGUUUACAUUGAUCUCGAUUUAACGAAAUAACGGAAUGCGACUUUUAAGAUGUAUUGACUUGAACCAGAAAAAUCACUAAAAAUUAUAAUGUAAAUCUCUUUAAUAAUAUAUCAGUUGGUAAACUAAUUAGGAGGAUCUUUGGUAGUAAUUAAUAUAUUAUUAUUUCAGCAAUUAACAAUUCUUAAUAACAACAAUGAAUUAGCUGUCUUCAAACGGACCGUGCAAGCUCCCAAGAAAUAUUAUUCCCGCAAGCACCAGGAAAAGGCAAAAAGGAACCCUCGAAACCCGUAUGCGCGAAACAAGAAAAACGGAGGUUGCUUACUGUAACCUCAAACCCAACGAAAUUAGUUCUUAAUCGCCUUUUUAAGCACUUUUCUUAACAAAUAAAAAACUCCUAAUUGAUUACUUAAUUCAUUUCAAGCCGCUCACGGAAACCUAGCCGCCUUAACACCACCACUAUAAAUCCCCCCGCUCCCCCUCCCUUCAACCUCGCUUUGAAACUUCCUCUCCCCAAAUUCCCACUUUCAAUUUUCUCUCUCUCUCUUUCUCUCUUACAUUCUCAACAAUGGCGGAACUAGUGAGAGGCCUUCUCCACUCGGCGUGCCAGAUCCUCGGCGGCUACAACAAGGACGUCGCCGGCGCCGGAUACAAGACCGAUGACGCUAACAGGACUCCGCCGGCGGAAACAGGGUUCAGGAUGCCGCUCCAUUACCCGAGGUACAGCAAGCGGGACUACGAAUCGAUGGAAGAAUGGAGGCUGGAUCUGCUUUUGUCGCAGUACGGUCUCCGAUUCGACGGCACCGUGGAGGAGAAGCGUGCCUACGCCAUCGGCGCAUUCCUCUGGCCCGACCAGUACUGAACGGAAACUAAAAACUCGAGAGGGCAAGGAAGAAAUUCGAAGAAGAAUUAUAUGUAUUAACUGCUGUUGCGUUUUUUUUUGGGUUUUAAUAGAAUGGAAUGAUUAGCAGUGAUUAGUAAUUACUAAUUACCAUACAAAAUGUUCCGUCGCCGGAGCCGGUGACGGUAAUUGAUCAGAAUCGUGGUUAUGAAUGAUGAUACUUGGCCCAAACUCUUUAGCCCAUUCUAUUGGGCCGCGGGAUAAUAUAGGCUGGGCUUUUUACCCAUUUAGUGGGUGGCCGACAUCAUCGACAAACACAGACAAGAGAGUUGGCUGUCUACAUUUACCUACCUGUCCAAGAACAGAGUAACUGCUACUACCCACAAAACCAUGGUCGACACGGAUUCUUUUUUUUAUAACUAAUAAUAUGGAAUUAAGCUGAUUUGCUUCGUAAGUCUUUGCAUUUCAUCAUUGAUAUGAGCCCAAAAAUUCAAGUUUACUAUUCAAAUAUCCUCCUCCAUAGCCAAAAAUAUCUUGCUACAAGUUAAGAAAGGUGUGAAAGAAGUAAUAAAGAUCUGAGGCUGAA